UUUGCGGGGGGCUCCGCUCGCAGAGUCCGCGCCGUGUUUGCAAAUAUUGGGGCCGCUCCUGCGCCAGGUCCGCCGGCCGCGGGAGGGGGGACAGCCGCGCGCCCGCCCCGGGAGACGUCCUGCCCUGCUGUGCGAUUAAACUUUGCAUGAAACUUUGGGUUUUUUUUCCUCCCCGAGCUCCUCAAGGAAUUAAUAUAUAUCUCUAUAUAUACAAUUUUUUUUUUCCAUCUCUGGAGGAAGGGGGGGGGACUUGGAAACUGAGAGCAGAGGUUAACACCCCCCCGCACACACCCCGCAACCCCUGCACAUAAAGGAGGCAUCUGUAUUUUUGGUAACCAGCACUGACUUUGUUGUUGCAACUUGAGACAUGGAUGUUCUCCCAAUGUGCAGCAUCUUCCAGGAACUCCAGAUUGUGCACGACACGGGUUACUUCUCAGCCUUGCCGUCCCUGGAGGAAUAUUGGCAACAGACAUGUUUGGAGCUGGAACGGUAUCUUCAGAGUGAACCUUGUUAUGUUUCUGCAUCUGAAAUCAAAUUUGAUAGCCAAGAGGAUCUCUGGACCAAAAUUAUUCUAGCACGUGAGAAAAAGGAGGAAUCUGAACUGAAGAACACAUGUGUCCCAAAAGAGGACAAUCUUGCUAGUCAGAACUUAGAGACCAACAGUUUGAAUUCUGACGUGAGCAGCGAAUCUUCAGACAGCUCUGAGGAGCUCUCGCCCACGACAAAGUUUACCUCUGACCCUAUAAGUGAUGUUUUAGCCAGUUCAGGAAACUUGAGUUCAUCUGUCACUUCCACUCCCCCUUCAUCUCCUGAGCUGAGCAAGGAGCCUUCUUCCCAGAUAUGGAAUUGUACGCCGGGUGAGUUGCAUUCACCGGGGAAAAUCCGUACCGGUACCACUGGAAAGACUGCAGAAAAAGGUACAGCCUCCAAUGGUGACACCUCGCCAGACGGCAGAAGGCGCGUUCACAGGUGUCAUUUUAACGGUUGCAGGAAAGUUUACACCAAAAGUUCGCAUCUGAAAGCACAUCAGCGCACUCAUACAGGAGAAAAGCCUUACAGAUGUUCAUGGGAAGGGUGUGAGUGGCGUUUUGCAAGAAGUGAUGAAUUAACCAGACACUUCAGAAAGCACACUGGUGCCAAGCCUUUUAAAUGUAGUCACUGUGACAGGUGUUUUUCCAGGUCCGACCACCUGGCCCUUCACAUGAAGAGACACCUCUGAAUGGGUCAAGAGGUGAAUCCUGCGGGCUAAGAGGCGUCAAGGUUGAAGAGCCUUGAGCGGAGGGAUGCGUGUUCCAGCCAAAGCAUGCCAUUUUGCACCCUACCCAGUUGCCUCCAGGACCUCACUUCCCUGAAGGUCUUUUGAGGGCUAAUAAGUCAUGUAAGAACGGCAUAGCAACCGCGGUGCGUGAUGUUUGGGGUUUCCUGGACUCAUACACUGGUAUCUAACCUUCUGAGUGGCUCCUAAGCCUUUGCCGUGAGCAUGUGCACUGAGAAUGUUAAUGAUUGGGCGACUGUAUGCGAUGAGGAUCUCUCGAUGACUGUAUGCUGAGGCACAUUUUUUUUCUUGUGGUUGUUUUAUAACUGUAAGAGAAAAAAAAUAGUCUGAAUGUCUUGUAUGUGAGGAAUAUCUUGUGAGAUGGGACG